AUUCGUGCAAAAGAAACGCGGUUUCGUCGGCGGUAGGGGAUUCUCUGCGAGUACGGACGAAUAGCUGACCUUUUCGAAACUUCGCGACUUUGCCUUACAGGCCACGUGCUAGUUGGUUGGUGGUCCUGCGAAAUUGGCCUUCUACAACAUUCACCUUGGGAAGCGGCCUUUGUGCGAACACGACGCAGUAGUUGCGGCAGAGCGAAAAUUAGAAGCCACGUGGGGAUUGCAGAAGUCAACGGUCGUACGUCUGGCGUUAUUGCUUCCUGGGCUUUGCGUCAGCUGUUUUUUAGAGAACACGUUGCGCAAACGAAACAUUUCGGGAGAAGCAGUCGGGUGGCUGUCUCCAAGGGAUUCAACGCCAUCGUUUCUGCCGAUAUGACCCGUUCUCGUCAUGAGCGGUUGCUGACCCUGACUGAGCCUUCGUCUACCGAGCUUGAAGGUCGUCGAAUUAAAAUUCAGAUACAUCUCGAACAAACAAAUUAAAGGAACUAUUUUUCUUCUCUUUUUUCCUCCGAAGGUUCGCGUCACUGUCACCGGAAAACCUGUUGACGUCACGCAGGAAGUUGAAAUAGUAAAAUUGAGCAAGAACGUGAACGCCGCUAGGGCUCUGCUCCGCCAAUGGCCCGACUCGCUUGGUGUCACGUGAGCAAAUUCUCGUCUUUGAUUGUGGCAAUCUGCUAUUCAUCACGAAAGGCUGAGCACACUGAGCAUUGUCCCUCUGGCCGUGGGCUGUUGUAGGUAGGCAAGGAUGCAUAUUGUUUCGUGAAUCCUUUGGACAAAGGACAGUGUUUUGCGACCCUUCUUUGUCUGCGAGCGGUACUUUCUGCGGACGUGUUGCCGUUCCGCCGUGGACGUCUUUCGGGAGUUCGUCGAGUACGUGGUGGACGCCAUUUUCUCUCGUCUUUCUGGUGGUGAAUGUGCAUUUCCUCUACGCGGUGCCCACAUUCUUCAGAAAUCCUGCGACUUUGUGCUUUGCGAGUCGUCGGCCGCAACCACAGACUGGCUUUCGACACUUCUUACUCGGGCUAUCGGCUGUGAACGACCGCAAGGUGCGCCCUACUGCUCCCCCCUGAGGUCGUGAGAAGAGGAGCUUGGAGGCGGCAGCGACAUGGAGCGCGACACGAACCAGAUGUCCCAGAACGGGGCCCUCUGUCGGUCGGGCUGUGGAUUCUAUGGCAGCCCAGGCACGGACGGUCUCUGCUCCCAGUGUUACAAGGACGCCCUCAAGCGCAAGCAGGCGGCCGGACGUGGCAGUCCCACGGGCGGCUCCUGGGACGGGCCCAUUGCCGCCUCGGCCUCCUCCAGCGAGAGCGUUUCCUCCACAACCAUCACUGCCGUCUCCGACUCGGCGCUGAACACAGCCAGCCCCACGGUCCCUGUGGCGGCCUCCACGUCCCAGGAUGCUUCCGUCAAUGAGGCCUGUUGCCUAUUGCAGAAGACAGAGCUGAACCUGGAAGCUUGUGGCACAACAUCCAAAUCUGCAGAGAGCAUGACCUCCGAGACGGGCAGCCAGCAGGAUGAUCAGAAGGACCAGAAGAAGAAAAAGAACAGGUGUCGAAUGUGUCGCAAGAAAGUGGGACUCACUGGCUUCCAGUGUCGCUGUGGUGGCCUCUUCUGCAGUCUCCACAGAUACUCAAACGAGCACGACUGCACGUUUGACUACAAAGAACUGGGUGCUCAGGAAAUCCGAAAGAACAAUCCCCUGGUUGUGGGCGACAAGAUUCAGAAGAUUUGAGGGCCCCAGAGUGUAGGGUGCUUCCUUGGGUUGAGGGACGGGGGGGAGCAAGGGGCAGGAGACAAGGACUGGAAGAUAACAGCCAAGCUUUUUCCUCUUUUUUUUUUCUUUUCUUCCGCUGCCACCACUGCUCCACUAGCAUGGUCUUGCUCGUGAGCUGCUCCCGCUCUACUUUUUUGGUGUGCUUAUUUGCGAGUACUCUUCAUCCAAUUUACAUGAUUUUAGCAGAAAAUAAGCGACUGCAAUUUAGGUGCAUUAAAACAAAUUCUAAUGAAUCCUAGGCCCUAUGAUCUUGGCGUGCUGUUCAAAGCAUCUUCAUUCUUUUUUUUUUUUGCAUUUGACUUUUUUUUAUUCUAAUCUUGUUCCUUUUUUUUGUUUGUGUGUGCUUGUGUGAGUGACUGUGUGCAACUUGUGUGUGACAAAAGAUGAUUGACUUGACCCUUCCGCCCCAUCUCCUGCCAUCACGUGGUUGAUUGCAGCUUGUGACAGUGUAGGGUGCGACUUGCUGUUAGGAUGGUUGGACAUUUUCAAGUGCACUGGCAGUGUGCGGGUGCCAUUGCUGCUAUUCAUGGGGAUCGCUGGCAAUGCACUUCAUUCUUUUUGUUUCGUUUCACAACGCCUGGGUGGGCAGCCGUGACAUCAACUGAACUCUUCUGUCUAGCCACGUGCAGAGGCAACCUAAUUUUAAAUGGAAGUGCUUUUUUUUUUCUUUUUCCCCCAUUGGUUUAAGCUACGUGUCCUGAGCAAGUUCAUUCCUGUAACAAAUGGCCGGGGAUGACUGCACCCAGCAGUCAAAAUGAUUCAUUUUCUGACCAAUAGCCGAAUCCAAGCUUGUCCAAGACUGUUUAGAGAUUUUUUCUUCUAUAGUAGCCUAAACUUUCCCCUUUUCGAAUUCUGAAAUUGCAUAAAGUGUUAGUUGGGGACCGUCGUAAUGUUGGCCUCCUGGGCUGGUCCCCUACUGGUUGCAGUCCAGCGAGUUUUCAAAACCCACUUAUGGUAGUAUCAUGCCUUGGCCUGCCGGAAUUCCCACUUGGAAAUGCCCGGCGAUUAAUGUAACUGGUGUGGCUCGUGGGGCCAGAAGAAACGAGUCUAGGUUUAAUUCUAGCUGCGACUGCUAAGAGAGAAUGUGUUUCAGUUCCUCUUUUUUUUUUUUGUGAAGUGGAGAACCAAAUUUUAGGUGAACUGUUGCUUGGUGCUGCAAGACCAUUCUUUGCAUGGAUUGUAGUCCCAGGUGUUGCCCUAGGUUUUUGUUUUUUUUCUGGACAGCUGUGUGACCUUGGUGGUACAAAAUUUAGCACCAUUCAAAUCUGCCUAUACUUUUUUUUUGUGUGUGUGUGUGUGUGUGCGCGCGAGAUUGUGACCGGUUAUUCACUUUGGGUAUCGGUAAAGUUUACUGUGCAGUGGUAACUGUCGAAGUUGACUUUUUUUUUUUUCUAGUAAUAGGCAGUGGUUACUAAAUGAUGCUUGUGACCACUUUGUAUUAUAUCUUCUUGUACAAAUAAAAAGUUUUGAAAUCAUG